AUGGCAACAGCUUCAUGGCUCUCAUCCCUUGAAUGUUCUCCCUCUAUCAAUCAAUCUUCAGACACUCUUUCACUUGUAUUCCAAUGGGUAGGCUUCAUUUUUCUCUCUCCUUGUACCCAAAGAAUCCUCUGGUCAUCAGUUGACCUACUUUUGCUCUUCACCCUCGUAUUGUUUGGAGCCCAAAAGCUGUUUUCCAAGUUAACCUCAAAGGACACUACCACUACCAGCUCCUCCAUUAAUGAACACCUUCUUGGAACUGAUAAGUCUCAAUUUAGAGUCAGCCGUUGGUUCUACCUAUCUCUACUUGUCACAGCUCUAUUGGGCAUAUCUUAUGCGGUUAUCUGCAUAUUAGCCUUCAGUCAAGGGGUCAAUUCACCAUGGCGGAUAGGAGAAUCUUUGUUCAGGUUAGUUCAAGCAAUAACCCAAGUUGUAAUUUUGGUUCUUAUUGCUCAUGAGAAAAAGUUUGGAGCUAUUUUUCAUCCUCUGUCCCUUAGAAUAUAUUGGGUUGCAAAUUUUAUUGUAUUGUGCUUAUUCUCUGCUGGGGCUAUCGUACGGCUGAUCUCUAAUGGUGGAGAUAUGAAUCAAUUUGUAAGAAUGGAUGAUAUAUUUUUCUUGGCUACUAUUCCAUUAUCUGCUUUUCUUUUCAUUGUUGCUGUUAAGGGUUCGUCUGGGAUUAGUGUGAUUAGAGAAUCUGAAUCAGGUAGAAACUUGAGACCAGAAGGGUAUGAACCCAUUUUGACAGAGUCUGAUGUGAGUGGCUAUGGUAAGGCUUCUUUGUUGUCAAAAGCAGUAUGGCUUUGGAUGAAUCCAUUGAUAAAGAAGGGAUACAAAGCCCCUCUAAAGAUAGAUGAAGUCCCUACGCUUGCCCACCAGUAUCGGGCUGAAAGAAUGGCUGAGCUCUUUGAAACCAAUUGGCCAAAGCCGGGGGAGCAGUCGAAAAACCUUGUAUUAACCACAUUAAUCCGAUGCUUCUGGAAGGACAUUGCCUUCACUGGUUUCCUUGCCCUCUUGCGAGUGGCUGUCAUGUAUGUUGGUCCAGUCCUAAUCCAGAGUUUUACAGAUUUCACAUCUGGGAAAAGCAGCAACCCAUAUGAAGGAUAUUAUCUAAUAUUAAUCCUCCUGAUUGCUAAACUUGUCGAAGUCCUCAGUUCACACCACUUCAAUUUCUAUUCUCAGAACCUUGGGAUGCUUAUUAGGUCCAGUGUCAUCACUACCUUGUAUAGGAAAGGCCUCACAUUGUCUUGUUCCUCCAGGCAGGCUCAUGGGGUAGGACAGAUUGUGAAUUAUAUGGCUGUUGAUGCCCAGCAGCUCUCUGACAUGAUGAUGCAGCUUCACUCGGUAUGGACGAUGCCAUUACAAGUUGGUGUGGCGUUAGCCCUUCUAUAUUUUUACAUGGGUGUCUCAAUGUUUGCGGCAUUGAUAGCAGUCAUUGCAGUUUUAAUCUUCAUUCUGGUGCGUACCCGGAGGAACAAUAGAUUACAGUACAGUGUGAUGAUGAACCGCGAUUUGAGGAUGAAGGCAACAACAGAGAUGCUUAACAAUAUGCGUGUGAUCAAGUUUCAAGCAUGGGAGAACUACUUCUAUGAGAGAAUCCGAGGUUUUCGUGAAUUGGAGUAUGGCUGGCUCAGCAAGUUCAUGUACUCGAUUUCUUGCAACUUGGUUGUGCUCUGGAUCACCCCUGUUGUGAUACCAGCUCUUAUAUUUGCGGUUGCAGUUUUGUUGAGAGUCCCUCUUGAUGCUGGGACAGUGUUCACAGCAACAUCAGUAUUAAAAACUCUACAGGAUCCAAUCCGGAACUUUCCACAGGCUCUUAUUUCAAUUUCACAAACAAUGAUCACAUUAGGUAGGUUGGAUAGGUACCUGACAAGUCGCGAUCUUCAAGAUGUAUCGGUGGAGAGAGAGGAAGGCUGUGAUGGUCCUAUUGCAGUGGAGGUGAAAGAUGGGAGUUUUUCGUGGGAUGACGAAGGCAGUGGGGAGGUUCUGAAAGAUGUGAAUCUUGAGAUCGAAAAAGGGGAGCUUGCUGCGAUUGUUGGAACUGUUGGAUCAGGGAAGUCUUCAUUAUUGGCUUCAAUUCUUGGUGAGCUGCACAAAAUUUCAGGCAAGGUCAGAGUUUGUGGGACUACAGCUUACGUGGCACAAUCAUCUUGGAUACAGAAUGCAACUAUUCAAGAAAACAUCUUGUUUGGUUCACCGAUGGAUAGGCAAAGAUACAAGGAAGUGAUAAGAGUUUGUAGCCUGGAGAAGGAUUUGGAAAUUAUGGAUCAUGGAGACCGAACAGAAAUUGGAGAGCGUGGAAUCAACCUUAGUGGUGGUCAGAAGCAGCGAAUACAACUUGCUAGAGCCAUAUAUCAGGACUGUGACAUCUAUCUUCUUGAUGAUAUAUUUAGCGCUGUUGACGCUCAAACUGGAUCAGAAAUUUUCAAGGAAUGUGUGAGAGGAGCACUGAAAGAUAAGACAAUUUUGCUUGUAACCCACCAAGUUGACUUGUUGCCCAAUGCCGAUCUUAUAUUGGUCAUGCGAGAUGGGAAAAUUGUGCAAUCUGGGAGGUAUGAAGAGCUUCUUGAAUAUGGGAUGGAUUUUGCUGAACUUGUGGCUGCCCAUCAAACCUCCAUGGAACUUGUAGAAAUGAACACUACCAUGUCUGUUGACAACCCACAACAAACACCAAAAUCACCUCAUGCCUCCUCAAGCCCAAGGGAACUUACUAGUGAAAAUAGGUCUUUAGACCGAUCAAAGUCUCAAAAAGGAAAUUCAAAACUCAUUGAAGAUGAGGAAAGAGAAACUGGCCAAGUCAGCUUAGAUGUGUACAAACAAUAUUGCACCGAGGCAUUUGGGUGGUGGGGAGUGACAGCUGUGAUACUGAUUUCUUUUCUGUGGCAGUCAUCUCGUAUGGCAAGCGACUACUGGCUAGCAUACGAGACUUCAGAUGAACAAAUUUUCAACCCUUCUCUGUUUAUCAGCAUAUACUCAAUAAUAGCUUUGGUUUCAUGUGUACUGGUGUUAAUUAGAGCAUUCCUUGUAACAUUUUUGGGUCUGAAGACAUCUCAGAUAUUCUUCAAUCAAAUUCUGAACAGCAUCCUGCAUGCUCCAAUGUCAUUCUUUGACACUACUCCCUCAGGAAGAAUAUUAAGUCGUGUGAGUUCUAUUAUCUUCUAUUUUAGUACCUGUAAAUAUUUAUAA